UUGAUUUUGUUAUGGUUUUGUUCGAAUUUCGAUGAGUAGAUUUUGUUUUGUUUGAUUUUGUUAGGGUUUUGUUUUGUCUCAAAGAAUCUGAUUUGUGUAAUUGUGUGGUUUGAUUUGCGAAUUGCGACAGUCACUUCUUCACUUCUUCACUUCUUCACUUCUUCACUUCUUCACUGUCAGUGGGAGGCAGCAGGCGGCAAGGGCGGCAAAUUUUAGUAUCCAAAUUUGUGGAACCAGCUAAAGAAAAGGUAGUGCUAAGACCUAAUAGGAGAUAAGAGUGAAGAAAUGAGUGAGAAUAAGAGCAAGAGUGAAGAUGGGAAGUUAUAUUCAUCAGUAAACUCUGAAUUGGAUUUGGAUCGACCUAACCUCGAAGAUUAUCUCUCUUCUGAAUCCCUCCCUGAGCCUCAUGGCAAGCUUCGUUUGAGGGACUUAAUUGAUAUUUCUCCUGCUCUUACUGAGGCUGCUGGUGCCAUUGUUGAUGAUUCUUUUACGCGUUGCUUUAAAUCAAAUCCUCCAGAGCCCUGGAACUGGAAUAUCUAUCUACUUCCCCUGUGGUGUUUUGGAGUUGUUGUUAGAUACUUAAUCAUUUUCCCAAUAAGGGUCUUAGUUUUGACGAUAGGAUGGAUUAUAUUCCUCUCUCUCUACAUGCCAGUUCAUUUCUUACUGAAAGGGCAGGAUUCACUGAGGAAAAACUUAGAGCGUUCUUUGGUGGAAUUGAUCUGCAGUUUUUUUGUUGCAUCAUGGACGGGAGUGAUAAAGUAUCAUGGUCCUCGGCCAAGUAUGAGGCCUAAGCAGGUUUUUGUGGCCAACCACACCUCCAUGAUCGAUUUUAUUAUUUUGGAACAAAUGACUGCAUUUGCUGUCAUCAUGCAGAAGCAUCCUGGCUGGGUUGGAUUGCUGCAAAGUACUAUCUUGGAAAGUCUUGGAUGUAUCUGGUUCAACCGUACAGAAGCAAAUGAUCGUGUUGUUGUAUCUAGAAAAUUAAGAGAACAUGCGCAUGGGGCCGACAAUAACCCUCUUUUGAUAUUUCCUGAAGGAACUUGUGUCAAUAAUGAGUAUACAGUCAUGUUUAAGAAGGGUGCAUUUGAGCUUGAUGUCACUGUUUGUCCUGUGGCAAUCAAGUACAACAAGAUUUUUGUUGAUGCCUUCUGGAACAGUAGGAAGCAAUCAUUUACUACGCAUCUUCUUCAGCUAAUGACGUCUUGGGCUGUUGUUUGUGAUGUUUGGUAUCUCGAGCCCCAGACGAAAAAACCUGAUGAAACUCCCAUUGAAUUUGCCGAGAGGGUUAGGCGCAUGAUCUCUCAUAGAGCUGGCCUGAAAAUGGUUCCUUGGGAUGGGUACCUGAAGUAUUCACGCCCUAGCCCUAGGCUCACACAGAGCAAGCAACAGAGUUUUGCUGACUCAAUAUUGCGACGCUGUCAAUGAAAGUGAACUUCAUAUCCCAGCUUUAUCUCCUCCUUUCGGUAUGGCAUAAACCCAUCUGCUGCUUAGCAGAUCGAAGAAAAAAAAAAAAACUUGGAACGGCCGCCAAACAUGGCAUUUAUUAGGGGGAUUUUUCUUAGGAAGGAGUGAAGACUUUCUGUUUCUACUCUUGUCAAAUUUGUGCUCGAUCAUAGUAAACGAAUCUCCAAGCAAAUGCACACAAUAUCAUGCACCCCCUGAAUAACUUUGAAAGGAGCAAAAUUUAUGGAUUUUUGAUGUUGCAAAAUUAGGUAGGCGACAUUUUUUCCAGUGUUCUUCUCUGAAUUGUUAUUGUUAAGUAUUGCCUGUUGACAGUAACCUCGAGGUAUUGGAUUGUCAGAGAGUUCCAACUUGCGAAUUAGUAAUUCUUGCUUGUCUUUUUGUGUGUAAACAUUUACCCUCUACUUUAUCUUGGAAAUCGAAUGGUGUGAUAGUUUUAAGAUUUUAAA